AGAAUCACAUCCUGGUGUUAGCUAUAAGUUCAAAACUGUGAGGCUUCAGAAGCUUUUAAGUCACCUUAUUCGGCAAGUUCCUGCUCAUAAACAGGAUAUGCAACAUGAAUAGCUGGCCAACAGCUUGCACAGGACUGAGACUGAACAACACACGCCUGCCAAUGCUGCAGGAGAGGCUGAAGGAUGUCCUGCUGUGAUUUAGGGGACACUUAAGAGCACAGAUUUCACCAAAUGAUGCCUGAGCGGGGGUGGUUUUCCAAGCACGAUGCAGAACCUGUUGCAGUCGGGAAGUCGCAGUAGCACAGACGCGUCGCGCCGGGUGCGUGUGACAGAGCUGGAGGUGGGCGGAAUGUCUGGCGGUGAGAAUGGCUGGAACUCAAACGCAGGGACUGAUAAUGAAGGAAUUACUCACCUCGAGGUAUCGCAGCAGAGCCUCCCGGUACUGAAGAGCGACAGGCGGAGCUGUGAGGGGUCUGGUGAGAGCUGCUGUACCUCAGCGCCCAGCGGUUCCUGGGGGGAGUUUGAGGGCUUCAAGGAACCCUUGGGCAAAUGGCAUCCCAGAGCUGAUAUUUUGCUGAAGUCAAAAAACACUUCUGAUGGUGGUACAGGCGUGAGCAGAGGACACUGCAGUGCUGCUGCCGGUCACUUCUGUUCCGAGCCAUCUCUACUCAGUGAGGCUUCCAGCUCUCUGAAUGAGGCAGACCACUGCUAUGAGGGUAUAUUUAAGUCUGGCUUUCCAGAAGUCCUUGUAUCGCAGUCCAGCGAGAGCAUAAGAAGCCUGGAUCAAGUAGUUGAUGUGAAUAAUGAAGAUGUUGGGAUUCCUGAACUUACAAAUAAUCAACUUUGCAUCGAUUCUGGAAACAUAUGGAGAACUCUUAGAGACUUAGAUAAUACCUCCAGAUUAAGACAUCCCUGGAGUAAAUCUCAUUGCCAAGAAAACCUCCUGAGUGUCCUUGGAAUAGAUACAAAUCGAAUGGACUUUCUGGAGAGCCAGAAUGACAUUACUGAGGAAUCAAAUGCUAAAGAUAAUGAAGACUUCAGAUUUGACGGAUUCAGUAUUAAUAACUGCAAAGCACUGAUCCAGACCAAGCUUUCUGUAUCGCAAGAUUCCCGACAGGAUCAGCUCUUCACCUGUAACCUCUUUCUGAAAACCACAUCAUCAAAUGGGAACAUGCAGUAUAUAACAAUCCCAAGGAAGAAGCACAUUUUCAGUACACUCAACCUAAACGUGAAAUUUUUCAACAGCGAUGUUUGUUGAACCAAAUGCACUUGUUAAUUGUUUUCCUUCUUUUUGAACUGAAUGCAUUUUCUUACUGGCUUUGUACUGGUGACUGCAGAUGAUCGUUAGGAAAGUUACUGUUACUGUACAGGAGAUACCUAAAGCUACAUUAUUAGAAGGAAUUUAUCUCAUGUAGUUAUGAAGUCAAGGGUGUAAUUUUGUCCUGAGAAGUUUUGCUGCUGAUUCAUCUUUCUUACAGUAAAUCCAGCUGCAAUCAUACUUCAAAAAUCCUCUGGACUGUUCUUUGGAAUUACUGACCUUUCAAGCCUCUGAAAAACCUGGUUUCCAUGCCAAAACCUGAACACACCUCAAGUGUGUUGUGAAGUGACACCAUCUCUUCUGUUUGGUCCAAUCUGAAUCUGCUGAGAUCUGCUGCUUUGCCACUGCGUAGCACGAUGAAGUGAGCCUUCUGCAGCCUGUGGCUUUCAUUGGGGUUGAGGAAGGUAGAGCUUCUGUGUGUUGUGAGAGCCUGCUGUGGUAAUACAGGUAGUCAGUGGAACGAUUGGAUUGAAAAUGUUUUGUCCUGGCGUUGGUUGCUAACUGAAAUAAAUUGCAUCUCUGAAGCUGA